AUGGUUAUCAGCUUAACUCUAGUCAUCCUAAUAAUCAUUCUUCCCACUGGUUUGUUUCUCCUUCGUUUUUUCAAUUCUGACAGAAAAAAAGGUCCAGUGGAAAACCAAACACCAUGCUGCAUUGACCGGUUAAGCGCAAUAUCUUGCCAAAGGCUUCAGCUUUUUAACCCGUCGUUAUUCUUAUACAACUGUGUCCAUAACGCCGACUUCGCUUUUGUGCAGUGUUGCAGCUCGUGUCAAAUAUCAGAAAACCUCCUCACAAAUCCAUUAAGCGCUACUUGCUAUGAUCGCAGGGGAGAAGAGUGGUGCAAGAAACUUUUACUCAGGUACAACUAUUAUAAGAAGUUAAGCUGCAAAAGCAUGCCCUUCUCUUUUCGAGUCUGCAGAAAAUCAUGCGGUUACUGUUCAACCCCGAACAGGAAAGCUAGUGUCAUUUACAAUUUUAAUGCAGCAAUGGACCGCAGGAGAUGUAGCAACUUGAAUCAAGCGUUUGCGAUCGAACUAAAAUUAACGGAACUGCACCUACUACAAAAGGAAGGAGAACACGAUUGGAACUGA